UCAAAAAAAAUGACUGACCCCCACCCUUUCACUCCUCAACUCCUUGCUCUCUCCAAAGACACCUCCUCUUACUCCUCUCUCGACCUCCUCUUUGCCGGUUUCCAGUUCUACCAGAACAGCACUGAACUCCAGUCACUCUUCAGCCAAAAAUCCAAUUCAAAGCCCGCUUACCACCCUUCUGAUCCCUUCCUAGCCAAGCCCGGUUCCAUGCCUGAGGGCAGGCCGUCCACAGGGCCAGAGCAUGAUCAGGCGAGGGAAGGAGAAGUACAGAACAAUACUGAAAUAAAAGAACAGCAUAGUGAGAAAUUGCAGUCAGAGAAGAAAACACCUAGUUCGAAAUUAAAUAGCGACAGGAAAGAUUUUAAGCAAGGAAUUGAAGAUGAAGUCAAAGAAGAGGCCAAGCUUAACCCUGAAGUCUUGGAAGACAACUCCCAUGCUUCAAAAGAAGACUCCUCCAAUCUAGAAAGUAUCAGCAACUUUUGUAAAGCAGAGAUGUCAAAAGAUAGCUGGAAGUCAGAUUUUCAGUGGAAUGAUAAAAUCUAGCUAGAGUGAUUAAUUCAUCU